GAAACGUCCCCUGCAAGGUGCCUACGGCUCGGCCUGUGACCUUCAUUUCACGAGCCCUACAUGCCUUCUACACUCCGCUCCCACCCACCCGGCGGUGUCCGUCUUGACUGUGUGGGAGAGGGCGCGCGCGGCGUGGGAAGUAGGCCCCCGCAGGUCGACGCAGGUGAUACGGUGGUAUGUGGCGUGCGGCGUGUGAGUAGCGUGUCUUCGCCGCGCGAGAACUAUCAACCUUGGUCAAGCACACCUGCGGCCAUCGCGUCGAGCAAGUCUACACGGUGCACAAUCAGAGAUCGCAGAUGGUAGGAGGAAAUCUCGGAAAGCAUAAUGCGCAGUAACUUUUGAUUGACGCCAAGAGAUAUGACGUUGGGCCCUGACUGCCCCGCACGUCGCAUCUCGCGCAGAUCCACAUUGUCGCCGACCCGCAGUGGGCACCGCAUAAAGGACGUCGUCUCAUUCUGCUCGUUCUCACUCGCUUGCGGAACUCACCUGUCGCCACUCUAAUGCGCGACCGCCCCCCCGCUUUCGUUUUCGCUCUCCUUGUCGCGGCGACGCUCUCCGCGGCCAAGUGCUCCAAUGACAUCCAGCCAGCGUACGACCACCCUGUGCCGGCGGCGGGCUGGUCGUGGCGUCUUAUCGCAAACGGCCUAACCAAGCCGCGCAGUAUCACGUUCGACUCUGCGGGCGCCCUCCUCGUCUUGGACGAGGGCGCGGGCAUCAACCGCCUUGUGCUGCAGGACGACGGCGGGACGUGCCUGCGCGUGAAGGAGAAGACUGUCGUGGUCGCUGACACCGCUCUCGGGCAUGGCCUGGCCCUUGCGGAUGACGGGACACUGUAUGCGUCGACGGACAACGACGUGUGGUCAUGGGCCUACAAUUCGGGCGCAGGCACUGUCGACACAUCAUCCAAGCGCACGGUCGUUACGAAUAUGACCAACUCGGGGCAUACAUCGCGCACGCUGAUGUUGUCACGUGCAUCGCCGGGGUGGCUUGUGGUGUCGCGCGGCAGUGAGGGCAAUGAUGAUCCGCUCGCCCAGGUAGAGGCGAGCGGACACAGCCAGAUCCGGGCGUUUGACGUCGGCGAGGCGCGGGACACACCGUACAACUUCCCCUCGGAUGGGCGGCAGCUAGGGUGGGGAUUGCGAAACAGCGUGGGCAUCGCCGAGCAUCCCGUCACCGGCGGCGUGUGGAGUGUCGAGAACAGCGUCGACAACCUCCAGCGCGCGGGGAUUGAUAUCCACGUCGACAACCCUGGCGAAGAGCUCAACUACCACGGCUCGAUUGCAAACAUCGAGGGCGGCAACUACGGGUACCCAGUGUGCUAUGCGCUGUGGUCAACGGACGCACCGUUCCCGUCCCUCGGCGACCUCACCACUGGCAGCCAAUUCGCGCCCGACCGCCGAGGCAACCAGACAUCGUCGAACGACACGACAUGCAACUCAGAGUACAAGGCCCCGGAGCUCACAUUCCAGGCUCACACGGCGCCGCUUGACAUUGAGUUCGACAAGAACGGUUCAAACGCCUUCGUGUCUUUCCACGGCAGCUGGAACCGCCCCGAGAAGGUCGGGUACAGCGUCAACGUCAUCGCAUGGGAUCCCGUAUCGGGGCGGCCGCGCGCUGCGCGCGACUCCAAGGACGCGGCGGUGCCGGUGCUCAGCAACAAAGACCUGACCAAGUGUCCGCGCGGCUGCUUCCGGCCCGUGGGGUUGGCGUGGGGCAGCCAAGAACGCCUGUUCGUGGCCAGCGACACGACGGGAGAGAUCUACGUGCUCGCCAACGACGGGGGCAAGGACAGCGGCGGCGCGCUUCUGAUGCCUUCUAUGACUGUACUAGCUGCCGCGCUGGUGUUGGGUUUGGUGCUGUAGAUCACGGAUGUGCAAAUUGAGCGACGAGAGUAGCGUAAUGCAUAC